AUGAUCCAACCAUAUUCUCCUCCAGCUAAAAUAUUACGCUGUUUCAAUUGUCAACAAUACAAUGAUCAUAUUGCAGCAAAUUGUCCACGUAAGGACAAGCCAACAUGUUUUCGUUGUGGUUUAAACCAUCGAUUUAAUCCAAACUGUAGCAACAAAAUUUGCUGUGCAAACUGUGGUCAAAGCCGUAUGGCUGGUAGUCCAAGCUGCCCAGUAAAAGUAGAAGAACGAAGGAAAUAUCAACAGUUCUCGAACAACUUACCAACGAUUAGCAACAACAAUAACAACAAAGUAUUACAUGUUAAAUCGACUGGUGCUUCUGGUGCAUGGGCAACAAACGCUCUAAAAGAACAUACACAAACUCAAUUAUAUACACCAGUUCAUAAUGUAACAUUAAAUGAAUAUCCAGAUCCAUUAUCCGAUAUCAAUAAGAAAUUCGAUCAGAUCAUGAAUAAAAUGGAACAAAUUACAAACGAACAAAAAAAUAUAAACGCGAGUGAAGCAUUUUUAGGAGCAGAAAAGCAAACUGAACAAGAAAAAUUACGUCCAAUAUUUAUGAAAUUCAAACAACAAUAUGAAGUAAUAGUCGAAUCACAUGAUAUAAAACAAAAUGAAAAACCUAUUCUAUCCAAGUCAACAUCAAAUGAAGCCAUCAGCACCUAA